AUGAGCCCGAAACCACACGAUUUCCUCGUCACACUGCGGCGUCCUUCGCCGCAGGUCGCUUGGGGCAUCAGGCUCGUCGGUGGCACGGACCUAAAUGCGCCCCUCAUCGUCACACGGGUACAAGUCAACAGUCCGGCCCAACCGGAGCUGCUCCGCGGCGAUAUCAUCACUAAGAUCGACCAGUACGAUGCCCGCGACCUGACGCACAACGACGCCCAGAACCUGUUCCGCAAUGCGGGCAACCAGAUCAAGGUGACCAUCCGUCGGGACGACAAGGUGGCCCUGCACCAGAGCGCCCAUCCGGUCAACGGCAGUCCGGCGCCGGCCCCGGGAGCCUACGCCCAGCCGUACCAGCCGUACGUCGACCCGGACCAGCCCGUCGGACGCUUCCACCAGCCGUCGGCGGCCGCUCCGACCCCGACCAAGCCCCAGCUGCACCAGAACUUCCCGCCGCCGGAUCCACAGCAGCUGCUGCCGAGCAUGACCUCGCCGUUGCCGCAUGGCCCGCAGGCGUACGCCGCCGCUCUGGAGCAUCCGGUCGAGACGCUCCCGCGCACCAUGUUCCCCGGGGUGGACGAAACCGGAGCGUACCAUCUGCCGAAGCAUCCGUAUCCGCCACCGUCACCGGCUGGGCUGAACGAUGCCGGCGAAGCGAUUUCCAAUCAGCCGUACCGUACCACACCGUUAGUCCUGCCCGGUGCCAAGGUGCCGAAGAAGGAUACGCUCCCGACAGAGUCCUACCUCAGACACCACCCGAACCCGGCCAUGCGUGCCCCGCCGGCACAUGAUUACACAGACACACUGAUGAAACAGAAGCUCGCGGAAACCGUGAUUCAUCGAGUGAUUGGCGAAGAGCCACCGUCCGGUCCGAAGGUCGUCCACAAGCAGUUCAACUCCCCGAUCGGGCUAUACUCGGAUAACAACAUUGAGAACACCAUCAGACAGAGCGCUCCGCAGCAAACACAAACUGUUCCAUCGAACGGAUACACCAAUCGCCAUCGGCCAACGAAAAUUGAAGGCUACAAGAAAACCGUCGUGUUUGACCCAUGCAAGAGCGAAACGUACCGCGCGCUGCAGGAGGGAACGGGAGAUGGUCUGCAGGAGGUGCCGAAUCCGAUUCAGCAGAAAACCUUCGCCCCGAACCGUUUAGUGCCAGGAAAGAAGCCUAACGCCAAUCACCCCGCUCCCCAGCCAGAAUUCGCGUACCGGGUCAACUCGAUGGGCGAGCCGAACGAAAAGAUCCACCAGAGUGGAUCCUUCAAACGUUUGAUGCUGCACGUCAUGAGCGACAUGGACUAAGGGGACCUGGUGUACCGUCACGGGUCACAUUGCGCCUCCAUUUCCACCACCGUGGACGA